UAACGAUACGAACUGUCACCGUCCAUCAGCCAAAGAAGCAGCGGCUCCUUCAGUGUACACACACACGCUGAAUGGGGGGCCCCCCACGCAAUAAGUGCUUGAGGGGGGGUUUCGUCUUCCUCCUCUCCGAUAACCCACGUGGUUUGUCGUCGACUACAGGGAAUUUGAAAAUUUAUUAAAGAGAAGUCUCAGCUCCUUCACGGCUUCAGCCGAACAUUUUCGGAAUCAAAGAUCGGAAUUUUAGCUAUUUUCGAUCUUCACGCCUUCCACCUUUUUUCAUUUCUUACAGAUAUUCUGAAUUUUUUCGAGAGAAAAAGUGGACAUUCAAAGAAUCAAAAAAUUUCGGGAAAAAGAUGGCCGCUGACUGAAAUUUAGGAAAAGAAAAAAACAAAACCUUUCGAGGAUAAGCGAAAGAGGAGAAUGGCGAAAGGGAGGGUGGCAAAAUUGUAUAACCUGUGGGUUUUUUUCGAGUUUUCCUAUUCUCCUAGCGGAAAUCGGUGGAACUAUAAGACCUAUACCAUCUGUGUGUGUACAGGGGGGGGGGGGGGUAACCUUUUUUUUGGGACGGGGGGGCGCUCAACAACGUGGUCGUGUAUGUGUCUCAGUGGGCUCAGUUGUGUCUGGACUCGUACGUCGAACGGGUCUCUCCAAAAAAACGUGGUAGUUUCAUUUUGUUCUCGUGGCCUCAGUGUUUUGUGAGUGACGUCUUAACACACACACACAUACAUUUAAAAAAAACAAAACUCUUUGGAUUACACGUCAACGGUGAAACAUUCUAAAAAAAAACAAAAUGUCAAUGAUGUCGAAUGAAUUGCUGCUGUGCGCGGAUGCGUGUCCGGAAGUGAUGCCAGUUGCUGCCAGAGAUCCUGCCAUAAUGAGGGAUCGACGUGUCUUGCAACAAUUGCUCGGUCUGGAAAUGUUUUCCGUUCCAUCGAACGAUUAUUUUGCACCGCCCAGCACAUCCGAGUUGCAGCCGUACAUGCGUCGUGUCGUAACCACCUGGAUGCUAGAGGUGACUGAGGAGCAAAACUGCGAAGAACAGGUCUUUCCUCUGGCCGUCAAUUUGCUGGAUCGUUUCUUGGCUCUAGAAGCCUCCGUUCUUCAACGGUGCCAACUCCAAUUGCUCGGCUGCGUCUGCCUCUUGACGGCCAGCAAGUUGCGCCAGUGCCGGCCCAUCGGCGUCGAUCUCCUCGUCUACUACACCGAUUACAGCGUGACUCCAGCCGAGAUCAGGGUUUGGGAAAUGUUGCUGCUGGGCAAACUCGGCUGGGACGUGUCUGGCGUGACGGCUUUUGACUUUGUCGACCACCUGAUGGAACGUAUUGAUUUGUCAUCAUCUUCUUCGAGUCAAGUCAGCAACGAUCACAACGUGCUCUUGACGACAGGAUCCGUCAGAGACACGGCCGCCGUCCUACGCGGCCACGCUCUCACCUACGUCAGCCUCUGUUGCACAGAAACGGAUUACAUGCGAGUACGGCCGUCUUUGAUCGCAGCGGCUUCCAUCGUUGCGGCCAUCAACCGACUGGGUCUUUCCGACUCGUCAAGCAACGAGCCAUCGUGUGAGGAGCGUCUGUUGGCCGAUUUAGUGGGCACUGAUGUCCAUCAGUUAGCUAGCUUGGUCCGGUCUGUCGAGUCCCUGAUGGCAACCCAAUUGGCUUCUGUCCAACAACAACAACAAGACCACCACGUUCAACAACAGCAGCAGCAACAGCAACAGCUCCCUCACGUGAAAAACAAUAAAAUGCAGACGACAACGAGUAGUUGGGAACUGGAUGUUCAACCGGAAACCCCUACCGACAUCCAGGAUAUCCAUUUUUAAUCCAUUAUGUUCAUCACAAACGCUUCAUCACACAACUCUCGACGCCCCCCUUUCCCCCUUCCAAAAAAAAAACCUGAAUACUUAAAAAAAAAAAAAACACAAGUAAUUAACUCGAACGAGAGAAAAAAAAAAAUCAUCCGACGGAUGAGACAGUAUUACCUGAUGAGCCGUUCAUUUUUUUUUUAAUUAAAUUUAAAUUCCUAGUUUCUUUUUUUUUUUUAACUAUUAUAAGAAAAAAAAUAUUAAAACAGCAAAAAAAAUAGAAUAUAUCCAAUAUCAUACAUACAAAAACGUUUAUGGCUCAAAAGUGUCAUGUACAGAUAUAAGAAUCUUAAUUUUCUUUUAUUUUUUUAUCUCGAGAAAAAAUAGUAUUUAAUCUGGAUCUUUUUUUUUUAACAAACUAAUUUUUUUAAACAUAGAAUUUUUAAAAAAGUGAAUCCCGAAAUGUUUAACCCCCCCCCCUUACUUCAAAAAGCAAAAAAAAAAAACAACAAAAAAAACAAUGUAAUUCCCAACAGUUCAAACAAGUGCUCGAGAGUGUGCCCUUCUAACGUUUAUCGUCUGUCGUUUUACUGCUGAUUGAUUCCCCUCUUUUUUCCCGUUUAAAUAACCAUUUGAAGACUCACGUCUCACUGCCCUGCUUCCAACAGGUUGCCCGAUAAAAGAAAAAAACACACACAAAAAAAAAAAAAAUACCUCGUUGCCCCUCCAACUCAUGUCAAGUUCAAGUAGUUUUUUUUUUUUAGUUUAUAAUUUUUUUUUAUCCACCCCAUGUGUCUAGUCGAUUCGUCAUCACUAUACAAACCUAAACCAUAAAACUUCCCAUCAUUGUGAAGCCGACACACGCAAGAAAAAGAAAAACGUUAAUUUUUAUACCUCACAAGCUUCUUCACCCCCAUCCCUGUCCCGAUGAGUGGUUUAUCGAAUCAUUUUGUUGUCAACUACCGGAUUAAUUUUUUUUUAUUGUCUUCUGUACCCGUUUUGGCUGCUACGUAUGUUCCUUUUUUUUUAAAAUUAUCAUUUGAAAACAUACACACCAACAUGUUCAAUUCAUCGAGUGAAUUUUCCAACAUAUUUAAGAAAUGUGUCAUUUUGUAAACGCCCCCCCAAAUGUGUGUGUCUUCUUUUCUCUGUUCGAAAGAGAAAAUAAGAAACAGUUUGAAUACGUUUUAAAAAAGAAAAAAAAAAUACUAAAGUUGUUGUAAAUACACAAAUCAAAAAUUUUUCCAUCAAA